UAACCAGAAAUGACUGGGAGGAUGUGGGGGAAGAAUCCAGUUGCCAUUGCUUCUUUUCUUUUUUUAUUUUUUAUUUUGGGGAUUAUAAUAUAAUUACAAUAUUUCUCCCUUUCCUUUCCUCCCUCCAAACUGUGGAUACCCCGGGCAGGGGGCAUAGCUUCUGGCCAGCUACUGUGAUUGAGACCAGUUUAGGAAAGGGGUGGAGAGAAAGAGAGACUAGAAAGGGGAAGAAAUGGGGGAGGAGGAUGUGUGGCUGGGUUGGAGAAAUGAAAGAAAGCAAGCCCUGUUGGUGACACUUGGCACAUUCUUCCUGAGUGCAGCACACCCUCCUUGUGCAAGAGCACAGCGCCCCAGGUGCAGAAGACUGAGGCCCGCAGAAGGACUUACAGAAGAGACCCAGCAAGCCAUGGUGUUUCCAUGGAGAUGUCAGAGUGCUCAGCGGGGCUCCUGGAGCUUCCUGAAGCUGUGGAUCUGGACACUGCUGUGUUGUGAUCUCCUGCCACACCAUGGAACUCACUGUUGGACUUACCAUUAUUCUGAAAGAUCCAUGAACUGGGAAAAUGCUAGAAAGUUCUGCAAGCACAAUUACACAGAUUUAGUUGCUAUACAAAAUAAGAGAGAAAUUGAGUAUUUGGAAAAGACAUUACCCAAAAACCCUACCUACUACUGGAUAGGAAUCAGGAAAAUCGGGAAAACGUGGACAUGGGUGGGAACCAACAAAACCCUCACCAAAGAAGCAGAGAACUGGGGUACUGGGGAGCCCAACAACAAGAAGUCUAAGGAAGACUGCGUGGAGAUCUAUAUCAAGAGGGAACGAGACUCUGGGAAGUGGAAUGACGAUGCCUGCCACAAACGAAAGGCAGCUCUCUGCUACACAGCCUCCUGCCAACCAGAAUCUUGCAACCGCCAUGGAGAAUGUGUGGAAACUAUCAACAAUAACACCUGCAUCUGUGACCCAGGGUAUUAUGGGCCCCAGUGUCAGUAUGUGAUCCAAUGUGAGCCUUUGAAGGCCCCUGAGCUGGGUACCAUGAACUGUAUUCACCCCUUGGGAGACUUCAGCUUCCAGUCACAGUGUGCUUUCAACUGUUCUGAGGGAAGCGAGCUACUUGGGAAUGCAAAAACAGAGUGUGGAGCAUCUGGAAACUGGACAUAUCUAGAGCCAAUCUGUCAAGUGAUUCAGUGCAUGCCUCUAGCAGCACCGGAUCUGGGCACUAUGGAAUGCAGUCACCCCCUCGCCAACUUCAGUUUUACUUCUGCUUGUACCUUCACCUGCUCAGAAGAAACUGACUUAAUUGGGGAGAGAAAAACUGUCUGCAGAUCAUCUGGCUCCUGGUCUAGUCCUAGUCCAAUAUGUCAAAAGACAAAGAGAAGUUUCUCAAAGAUCAAGGAAGGCGACUAUAACCCCCUCUUCAUUCCAGUAGCUGUCAUGGUCACUGCAUUCUCAGGGCUGGCAUUUAUCAUUUGGCUGGCAAGGCGGCUAAAAAAAGGCAAGAAAUCGCAGGAAAGCUUACGGGACCAACAUCUAACAAUGGAGAAACAUUCAAUUCAGCAAGCGUUUCCAACAACUAACUUAACUGUGAAAGUAAGCCGUCCCGGUGCAGGCCAUCAGUCUUAACACAGGAGGGUGAAGUGAAUGACUUCUACUCUAGAUGGAUGAUCCUUACUGAUUGAUCCUUUGUGAGAGGAAAGUCAUAAGGUACUAACAACCGCCACCAAAAACCAUUGGAAGACAACUUCAACACCUCCUGUGAAGAUUUUGCACACGGGCAUCUCCCACGUUAGAGAUGCAGUGUUUGCUCAGUGUAACUGAGAGGAUUUCAACACGACCAACAGCUCCUCCUAAUUUCCUCUCACUCACUCAUCCUAUAAAUCUAUUCCAUAACUUGUGCUUAUACAGAUCGGUAUUUUAUCAUCUUUUCUGUGAAAGAACAAAUAAGACAAUUGAGCAAAAGAGUUACUGUAGGAUAUAAAGAUACCUGCUUUUACUCUUCCCCAACUCUCGUUUCCUCUUUCAGUGCCAAAGCUAACGCCAAACACAGUGAAAAUGUGAUACAUGUGUACUUGACAACUCAGAUUUCCUUGCAAAGUAGUACUUACCCUAUGAUAACAUUGACAAAAACCUUUGCUUUCCACCUCCAAAGAACAGUGCUCUAUUCAAGCUGGAAAAGUCCUACUUCCUCUGUAGGCCCACCAUCUGUGAGCGACCACCACUGUAGCUGUUCACAUUAACCUUCCCCUCACACCCAAAUUCCACACACCACACAUGAUGAUGGCCACCAAACAUCGAAGAAGAGAAAAUCUCCUGCAUUGAGUUUUAGUUUUGAGUUUGCCCUUCUCUUUAUUAGAUCUCUUUAGGUUUCUUGAAGUCAGUGGUCUGAUGAUUACUAUUAAUGGGUAAUGAUAACGUGACCUGCUGUCUUGGAGCUGCUGUUAUGAAGACAACUUAAAAACAGGUAGAAAGAUUCCUGGGCUCAAACUGGAAUGGCACCCUUCCCUUUUCCUUACAUCUCCUACAGAUACCUAAUUUCUAUCCUUCAAGAUUCAGGACAGCUGUCUCCAACCCUUGCCACUUCUUUUAUAGCUAGCUCCUAACUCACCCACCCUGUAAGCUAUCUCAUUUUCUGGCUUCACUCUGCAAGAUCUUUAACACGAUGCAUUUAAAUACAGCCUGAUUUUUUAAAAAAAUGUUACUUAGUCUGUUUGUACACCAGAAUAUAGGUUGGUUUUUUUUCUAGAAGAAAUUGUACAUUUUUUGAAGGGAGAGAUGGUGUCAGGUCUGUGGAGUUCCUAGUUUGUUAAUUGAUGUCUUGCCAUAGUCAGUGAAUGAAGAAGCUGUGUGAGGAGAUUUCUGAGAGCUUGUGAGAAAACACCAAGCAAACAAGACAAGAAUCCUGUAACGUCUGCUCCUCCAUAACAGGGAAUGGGGCUUUUGUGCCCUUCCAAGGGGUAAAUGGAGUGGGUUUACUUCAGAUUACCCAUCAGUUACCAAUAUUAUUCAGAUGGUGUUUCCAAGCACAGGUUAUCCUCAUGACUGUAGAUGGCUUGAACUAAUAUGACCUUGCCCUCAGGACUGGACCAGCUGAAACCCAUGUGACUUUGCCUAAACUUGUGUGACUUUGCCUAAACUCGUGUGACCUUGCCUAAACUCAUGUGACCUUGUCCUCAAGACAGUAUACAGCUGGAACUCAUGAACUUUGCUUAUACAACUUUGCCUAACUCUCAGAAUAGAACAUUUCUGGUGCCCUGAAUAAAGAUGGCUACUACACAAGA